GUACAACCCCCCUGCUCCAGGAUAUUACCUCUUACCCUAGGGAAAGAAUGCUGGCAAGGCAUUUUUUACCCCAUGGAAAGCACUUUUAAGACUGUCAAACUUUGAAAGGAUUCACUUCAACAAUGUGGAUGUGAUUCAUAACUUCACUCUUUUAUCAAUAGGUUAACCUAGAGAUCAGGCUAGCUGGGUUUAUGGCAAUCACAGAAGGACUUGGAAUCUGCUAAAACGUCACAAAGAAAGUAUUCUCCAUAGUCAACGCACGAGCAGAUCUUCACCAGCUCAGUGAAAGCCAGAGACACUGCUUCGUGCAAGCAUGAAGACUUUGCAGACUGCUGUUUUGCUGUUUGUGUUUGUAGCUUUGGUAAAUUCAGCACCACCUAUACAGCAAGAAUCACUCCCGUUCUAUGAGUAUGAUACAGAUGUUACCAUGGGAAGCCAACAAGAUUAUGAAAUGCAAUCCAAGGAUAUAAGAAAGGAUGGAACAAAUAUUUCUCUUGACACUUCUCUAAGCCUGCAAGGGGAUGAUGGAGAACGCAAUGUGCCACCAACAAAGGACACAAAUUUACCUACUUGUCUGUUGUGUGUGUGUCUAAGUGGAUCAGUCUACUGUGAGGAAAUAGACAUUGAAGCUGUCCCCCCACUGCCAAAGGAAACAGCCUAUCUCUAUGCAAGGUUCAACAAAAUCAAAAGGAUAGCAGUCUCAGAUUUUGCUGACAUUACUACCUUGAGAAGAAUUGACUUUAGUGGAAAUAGGAUAGAAGAAAUAGAAGAUGGAGCCUUUUCAAAGCUUCUGUUACUGGAAGAACUUUCUCUUGCUGAAAAUCGACUUAUGAAACUUCCUGUUUUACCUCCCAAACUAACCUCAUUUAAUGCAAAUCAAAACAGAAUCAAGAGCAGAGGAAUCAAAGCAAAUGCUUUCAAGAAGCUGACAAAUUUGGCCUACCUCUACCUAGGACACAACCAACUGGAAUCUGUUCCUCUUAACUUACCAGAAAGCCUGCGUAUUCUUCACCUGCAGCACAACAACAUCACUACGAUCACGGAUGACACCUUCUGUAAAUCUAACAACACCCGCUACAUCCGCUCAAGCAUGGAUGAGAUACGGAUGGAAGGCAACCCAAUCCUCUUGGCAAAGCAUGUUAAUGCUUUUAACUGCCUGAGAACACUGCCUGUAGGGACAUACUACUAGCCACUGCUCAUGUAGUUACACAUGCCAAACCUGAAACAUGCUAAUGGAAAAAAAAUCCUUCUUUUUCCUUUGUUUACACUCUGUAUCCUCUCCCUUACUAAUGCCAUCUGCCCUGCCUACUGAACCUGUUACUACCUUGAAAUGUAGCUCUCCUCCAAAAUAACAUUUCUAUACAGCCACUUGAUGUAGUGGUUACAGUGUGACCCAUGCUUUCAGGACCUUUUCUGUUAACAGAAGUGUAAAAAUACAUAUAUGCACACAUAUUUUCUCAACUUUCCUUUCCACACAUAUUCUUUAUGUGUAAAAUCAAAAGCAAUUUCUUGUUCAAAUUCUUUACCAGUACCCAGAACAAUCUCUACAUUUUACUUCCAUAUCAGUGCCAAACAUUCUUUGUUCAAGCUACAGAAGGAAAAUGUCUUAAUUCUAAUCCCAUUUUUUAAAAACAAACCAAUACUUUUUCAGCUGACUUUCAAAAGUGGAUUGAAUGAAGUUGCACACAAAGGAAAGUUAUGUUUAGAAACAGAAUUUCUGAAAGCUUAAUUUCAUUAACUCCUCCUUAAAAAAUUGGUUUGUGGAAAAUGAGAGUAAUUCCGACUUAGGCUCAGUGUACCAAGAAACACAGCAAGUGCAACUUUUCCAAGAAGUGUAACAUUUCCUUCCACUAUUUUGUUUUCAAAAUAAGCUAAGAGUGUGUGUGUAUAUAUACUGUAUUUUGCUUUUCACGCAACGUAUCUUUCAUUGGAAUAUAUAAAUUUUGCUCAGCUGCACUCACAAGAGUAAUUUUUGCAACACCAGCUUCCCGUUUUAAUGCAACAGUCGAUACACAGCAUGACUCCAAGUAUCUUUGUUACUAACAGGUUUAGACCAAGACUUUUCUGCUGCUUUCUGUUUACAAGGAAAUGUGACAACGUAAUUAACAGCAAAGCUGAAUGAAUGUUUUUAGUGGUGAGUAAGAUUUCAGCAGAUGUCAGUGCAGAGAAACAGAAGUACCCUUAUACAGGAAUAAUUUCAUUCAUUAGGGAAAAAUCAAGUCAGAUAUUUUGAAUCAAGAAGAAAAACUGAUCCAGCAUUAAUCUAAAAGUAGUGUCAACUUCAAGCAAAUUAAACCAGCAUCAUUUCACUCAACUUCAUUAAGCCAUCAGCAUUUGGAUACGUACAAGCCUCAGUCACCUCACCUAAAACUCAACAUAAUUGAUACAAGUGCAAUGUUUAAUUACACAGCUAUAGAGCUGACAUUUCAGUUUCAGUUUCCCCCCUCAAAUACCUACCACAAAUGUAAAUCCUUCAUAUAAAUUAAUGCCAAAAGAGUGCCACUUACUACCACCAGAUCAACUCCAUACUAAUUUUGAAGCUAGUAUAGAUUCCUGAUUUGUAGAAAUAGUUAAGCAUUAAAUGCAUGAUGAUGUAUCACUACAUCUAGAAUACUGAUUUUACAAGGUAUUUUGUAUUACUAUUGUUUAUUUUAUCUAGCUAAGCCUUGAUUUGUUAGUGCUUGUGCUAUGGGGAGUUAAGUGCACAUUUAAUUCUCAAACACAACUGACUUCCAGUCACUUUUCAAGUAACCAUGUCAAGCUUCAACUGCAGGCUCAUCCUUCUGGAAAGGGGAUGCAAUUAUGAAAUGGAAUGAAUUAAUGUGUUUGCUCUGAACCCAUUACUCAACAUGGCAAACUCAGUAUUUCCCAUUUAAAGUUAUUUGGUAGAACAAGACAGAAACUUCAUUGUCUUAAUACAACUUUAGGAAAAAAAAAAAGAAAAAUGGUCAGACAGCAAGAAUACUAUUUGGUUCCCAUUUCCCCAUGUAAGUCACAAAACUCUGAUUUUUCCAAGUUUUAAGCAAAAGAUUAAAAUUAGACCCAAAGCAUGUAAAAAAAUACAUUCCAACUGCAAGCCAAAUUUACAUUUGGA